AGAAAACGUACGGUGGCUAUUUAACCACGAAUCAAUUCCGUUCCAUUGCCGAUGAAGACGUUCAACUUGGUCGUACGCACAUCAAAUAGAGACACCAUAAUGAACCACUUCAAAGUAUUCACCGCGUUAGCGGCUUUCUGCGCGUGCGGCGCACUGGCCGCGCCAGCCGGUCAACACACGGUCAUACCGAUCCUGAAACAGGUGAACCGACAGAACGAGGAUGGUUCGUACAGCUACGGUUACGAGAACGCGGACGGCACGUACAAGAUCGAGACCAAAUAUCCGACGGGAGAAGUGUACGGCAAAUACGGUUACGUGGACGAGACCGGCAAACUGCGGACUGUCGAGUACGGAGCGUCCGCUCGCGGUUUCGAGCCGGUCGGCACCGACAUCACCGUGCCGCCGCCUGUUCUAGGCGUCGACUCCAACGACCUGCACAAGGACCCGUCCUCGUCGCAGGACGAUUACGACGACGGACAAUACCGCGAAGACCCGAGCGUGUACUACAAGACGUCGUCGUCGGACGUGCAGCUCAGCCACCACCAGCAACAGCAACAGCACCACCAGCAGCAACUGCAACACCACCAGCAGCAACAGCAACAGCAACUGCGGUCCCUGCAACAGGCCGCACCCGUAGCACCGAGACAACAGCAAUGGUUCUCCGGCAGUCCGCAGCAGAAGGCAAGGCCCGACAUCAAUCAGUUCCAGACCCAUCCGUCCGUGCACAACUUCGAUCCCGCGUCCGGGUCGUUCUCCAUCUCGUACACGGGAAAGUGACUGCGGUCGAGCGGUCACAAGCGAUCGUCGCGAUGACAUCGAAUAGAGUUUAAUAUCGCACUUAUUAUUAUUAUUACUUUUUUGUACGAUUUUUUUUUUUCACUAUUAUUAUAUUAUAUUUUUUAAGUAUUUUAUAAGAUUUUUUUUAUACAUAAAAAUCAAUAAAAAAAUCUCUGUUGUCUUA